AGCCGCUUGCAUUCACACAUGCUGAGGCCCUUCUGCUGUCAACAGGGAGGAAGCCCCCAGUGCCAAAGCCUCAUCAUCUGUGCCGAGGAUGCCGCAGACAAACAAAUCCAGAAACGCCCCAGCGUCCGAGUCCUCGGGCUCGGUCCAAGGUGGAGCCUCUGCAGAAGAUGCAGACCCGGUGUCCCGGGAGGAGUGCCAGGCAUCAGGGGACGGAGAGGACAAUGUUGGAGACAGCGCGAUCAUCAAGUCCCCCAGUGACCCCAAACAGUACAGACACAUCGUGCUGGACAACGGCCUGCGAGCUCUGCUCAUCUCAGAUUACAGCGGUCCAGCUGCGUCUGAAGACGAGGACUCGGGUGGAGAGGAGGAAGGCGAGGAGGAAGAAGAGGGCGAUGAAUCUGGAGAAGAAACUGAGGAUGAGUCUGAGGAGGAGGGCGAUGAUGAUGACGACGGGAUGGGCAGUGAUGAUGAAGAUGAUGACGAGGGGAAAAAGAAAAAAAAUGCAGAGAAACAGUGUGCAGCAGCGCUGUGUGUUGGAGUGGGGAGCUUCAGCGACCCAAGUGACCUCCCCGGCCUCGCUCACUUUCUGGAGCACAUGGUGUUCAUGGGCAGUGAGAAGUACCCCUCGGAAAAUGGCUUUGAUGCUUUCCUCAAGAAGCAUGGUGGGAGCGACAACGCCUCCACCGACUGCGAGAGGACCAUCUUCCAGUUUGACGUCCAGAGGAAAAGCUUCAAAGAGGCUCUUGACAGGUGGGCUCAGUUCUUCAUCUGCCCUCUGAUGAUCCGUGACGCCAUUGAUCGAGAGGUGGAGGCCGUUGACAGCGAGUACCAGCUGGCUAAGCCGUCGGACUCCCACAGGAAAGAGAUGCUGUUUGGAAGUUUGGCCAAACCUGGACACCCCAUGGGCAAGUUCUGCUGGGGGAACGCGCAGACACUAAAGCACGAGCCAAAGAAGAAGAAGAUCAAUGUCUAUAAGCGACUGCGUGCCUUCUGGAAGAAACAUUACUCUGCCCACUACAUGACUCUGGCUGUGCAGUCAAAAGAGAAGCUCGACACUCUGGAGAAGUGGGUGAGAGAGAUCUUCAGCAAGGUGCCUAACAAUGGUCUGUCCGAGCCAAAUUUCUCUGAUAUGCUGGAUCCUUUUGACACGCCAGCCUUUAACCAGCUCUACAGAGUCGUCCCUGUGAGGAAAGUUCAUGCUUUGAAUAUCACUUGGGCCCUCCCCCCUCAGGAGAAAUACUACAGAGUGAAGCCUCUCCACUACAUCUCUUGGCUGAUUGGCCAUGAAGGCACAGGAAGCGUCCUCUCAGUGCUCAGGAAGAAGUGCUGGGCCUUGGCUUUGUUCGGAGGCAACAGUGAAACUGGCUUUGACCAAAACACCACCUACUCCAUCUUCUCCAUCUCCAUCACCCUCACUGAUGAAGGUUUCCAAAACUUCUACGAGGUGACUCACCUGGUUUUCCAGUACCUGAAGAUGCUGCAGACACUCGGGCCACAGAAAAGAGUAUAUGAUGAGAUUCAGAAGAUUGAAGCGAACGAGUUUCACUAUCAGGAGCAAAUUGACCCUAUAGAAUACGUCGAGGACAUUUGUGAGAACAUGCAGCUGUUCCCUAAAGAAGACUUACUGACAGGAGAUCAGUUGAUGUUUGAGUUCGACCCAGAAGUGAUCAAUGGAGCUUUGUCCCUCCUCACCCCUGAGAAAGCCAACCUGAUGCUGUUGUCACCAGAACAUGAGGGCCAGUGUCCCCUCAGGGAGAAGUGGUUUGGCACACAAUACAGCGUGGAGGACAUCCAGCAGGAGUGGAUGGAGCAGUGGACAGGAGACCUGGAGCUCAACAGUGACCUUACAUUUCCGGCUGAAAACAAGUUCAUCUCCACUGACUUCACUCUGAAGCCGUCUGACUGCCCAGACUCUGAGGUUCCUGUCCAGAUAGCCGACAGCGACAGGGGAUGCCUGUGGUACAAGAAGGACAACAAAUUCAAAAUCCCAAAAGCCUACAUCAGAUUCCACUUAAUCUCUCCUGUAAUCCAGCAAUCUGCUAAGAAUGUGGUCUUGUUUGACCUGCUGGUCAACAUCCUAGACCACAACCUUGCCGAGCCGGCUUAUGAGGCUGAAGUGGCCCAGCUGGAGUACAAACUGACGGCCGGUGAGCACGGCCUAGUCAUCAAGGUUAAAGGAUUUAACCACAAACUGCCUCUGCUGUUCCACCUGAUCAUUGACCACCUGGCUGAUUUCUCUGCCUCUCCUGACGUCUUCAGCAUGUACGCUGAGCAGCUCAAGAAAACCUACUUCAACAUCCUCAUUAAACCUGAGAAACUCGGCAAGGAUGUGCGUUUGCUGAUCUUGGAGCACUCUCGCUGGUCCAUGGUGGAGAAGUAUCAGGCUUUGAUGGCCGGUCUGACCAGCGAUGAGCUGAUGGACUUUAGCCGCACAUUGAAGGCCGAGCUGUACGCGGAGGGACUGGUGCAGGGCAACUUCAGCAGCUCUGAGUCGGAGCAUUUCCUGCAGUAUGUCACAGAAAAGUUGCAGUUCUCCAAGCUGCCAGCAGAGGUGCCGGUGAUGUUCAGAGUGGUGGAGCUUCCUCUGAAGCACCACAUCUGUAAGGUCAAAUCACUCAAUAAGGGAGAUGCCAACUCUGAGGUCACUGUUUACUACCAGUCUGGCCCAAAGCUCUUGAGGGAACACACACUGAUGGAGCUCUUGGUGAUGCACAUGGAGGAACCCUGCUUUGACUUCCUCCGGACCAAAGAGACUCUUGGGUACCAUGUCUACCCCACCUGCAGAAACACCUCAGGCGUUCUGGGUUUCUCCGUCACGGUGGAAACACAGGCCACAAAGUUCAAUACCGAGCUGGUGGAGUUAAAGAUUGAAGAGUUUUUGGCUUCGUUUGGGGAGACGCUCAAUUCUCUUUCUGAGGAGGCCUUUACUACCCAGGUGACUGCUUUAGUGAAGCUGAAGGAGUGUGAAGACACACACCUCGGGGAGGAGGUGCACAGGAACUGGGCCGAGGUGGUUACACAGCAGUUUGUGUUUGACAGGCUCAACAGAGAGAUCGAGGCUCUGAAGCAGAUGACCAGAGCUGAGCUGGUCUCCUGGUUCAAAGAACAUCAAGGACAGAACAGCCGCAAACUCAGCGUGCAUGUGGUGGGAUUUGGUGCUGAAGAGAAGGACGAGGAGGCUGGUGGUCAGAAACAAGAAGGAGACGAGUGCAAAGAGGAGGAUUCAAGUGGCUCUACCUAUGGCGAGGUGUCCAAGCUCACCUUCCUGCCUGCCUCACCCAAGAUGGCGGGUGCUGUAGCCAUCAUGGACAUCUCUGCUUUCAUUGAAGGGCUGCCCCUCUUCCCCUACCACAAGAUACUGAAAUGAACUCCUGCUCAGACUGUGACACCCACAGCUGGCGGUGCUUUGCCUCUCACUGAGCCACGUUCACAGACUCUGUCUCAUGCAGACACUUAAUAUGUGGAGGUGAAGGAAGGUUAUAAUGGCUUUGGCUCCUCUCUGGACCUGGAUUCUGCCUCUAGGGCUCCACUGUAGUUUUUAUCCACACUGUGUGCACAGGCAAAAGGCCUGGAAGUGAUGAUAGAGUUUUCUUUUAGCUAAGCGAUGAUCUUUUCUGCUUUCUUACACUCAAUUAUUUUAUAUCCUCAGACACCGGGAGCGUGGGAGCGCUCCAUCUAUUCCUCUAUCUCACACUGACGGAAAAUCAGUGGAAUCAAAUUUUCAUUUAUUUGGUUGUCUGAGCUCUGCUGCUAUUACAGCUCUGAAUCCCUGUCUUUUCCACUGUUUGUGGAGCCGCAAAACUGAGUUUAUUACCGUUUAAAAACACAAAUCAACUGUGAAAACCGCAGAAGUGCUGAGUGCUUUGAACUCCAGACGUGUGUCUUUGAGUGAUCGUGUGCUGGAUUUCAAGCUCUGCUGUGCGCUACUGUUAUUAGCUGACCUAGAUCAUGCCCUGGUAUGAAACUGCAAAGAGAAUAAAUCAAUGAGUGAUGAGUGACUGAAUGAAGCAACGUGCUGACUGCAGAAAACACACUUGAAAAAGCACCACAACUUGUGAAAUGUCAAGUCUGUAAUUCAGUUUAUUUAGAUUUACUUUUUAGUGGAUUUGAUUUACUCUACCAGCUCAUACUAAAGGUGGAAGUCAUUUACAUUUACACUAUUUUGACAUUUUUUUGAUUUGUUUUCUCUCUAAUUGCCAGCUUAUCUGACACAUGCGACUUCUUAUCAUACACAUCAAACCAAACCACACAAACGCUGCAGACGGCUGAGUAUUGCUAGAAUCCACUGUGCGCAAAUCAAGCACAACUCUUUUUGAAGUCAGAAGUAUUUGCAUGCUGGUGACUCAGUAUUGCGUCAGCUGUUUAAUUACCACAGGUUUAAUUUAUGUGUAAAUGGUACAUUCAGCUACUCGCAGACUCUCUUACCUUCUUCUCCCUGAGGAAAAGGUUGUUGCAGGCGAUACUGUGUAGGGCUUGUGGCUGGUGACACUGCACUGUUAAAUGUAAUUAAAAAACUAAUCCGGAGCCCAGCACAGCAGAGCGUGUUAACAUAAUUGACUAAUAUGCCCACGGGGAAGCCUCAUAGUGUAGCAAAGUCUUCACCUGCAGUAGCCUCGCACAUAAUGAUAAGUGUGCUACCUGUAAUAUGGCAAACCAGUCUGUCCACAUAAACAGCUUUGUUGGUACUACAGGUACGCUAUACGGCCAUAAGUAUAUGCAGCCGAGCUACGCUUCUGGGAGGAUUUCCACACGAUGUUGGUGCAGGGCUCAUCACUCUACUAUGUACAAGGAAAUUAUCCUGUUAAAUCAGGAAAGACGGGGGCCUUGUCAAGGUUGAAAAUUGACACCAGCCACCAGCCAAAUACUGGUGUAAUGCGUCCGUUAGCUUUGCUUCAUUCACCAUGAAGUACAAACAAUGGUAACUUCAUUAAUUAGUGGCAGGUGGACAACCCCGUUGUUAACCUUGGUAUCGGUCGGGUUGAGGGCUUAGGUCGGGUUAUGGUAGAGAGUAAGUUAGCAGAGAUAACUGGUUUAGUCUAGGGUAAAGUUGGGGUCAGGUUAACCUAACGCACUGAAAAGAAGCAUACUGUAUAUAAUUCAGAUUUUUCGGUUUCAGUGGAAGUCUGCUUCAGGUUGUCCAAUCUGGAAUUAAUGUAAGCUGAGGGGGACAUUUGAGCGCAGUGCUUCUGUUGAGAAAGAGAGACUGUAAGGAAGUAGCAGUAUGUUAGUAAUGUGUUACACUCCCAGUUCUUGAUGGUGUGUUAGCACUUGACAGGUUCUGAGUAUAUGGUAGCAAUUCACACUACUGUACAGUCCCACAGAGCUUUCGUGGUGAUGACAAACCAAUUUAAUGAGCUUUCGGUUUAUUGAGAUCAGAGCUGUGCCUCCCUUGUUGAUCAGCUUCCUUAAUCUCCUCUGUGGAGAAUACAGGAUAUUAAAGAUGGGACACUUGGCCUACAGUAGAUAACGAAUUCUGUGAACAGUAUGGACACGUUUUAGUUUCAAGAAAGCUUCAGUACACUACCAGUACACUUCACCUGAAGUGUGUGUACUUUGAUCCACAACCAUCUUUAAAGAGGAAACUUGAAGGGUGAAGAAGUUGUUUUCACACAGUGCUAGUGAUGUUUCAGUCUGGAGCGCUCUGAGGUAAUAGAUGGCACCCGACUGUUCUGGUGAUACUGAAAACACUAUUUGGCCUUGUGAUGGAGUGGCGACUGUUAGAGCUCUUUUAAACCUGCUGUAAUGCUACCGGGCAUUCAGCCAUCUUUGAAUUAAGUUACUUCGGAGUUGAAGCCUUUUUUAUGUGAUGAUUCGAUUAGUUUAAUCCUUCUUCUGUAGAGGUGCUGUAUAGAACAAAGGGUUUUAUUGAGGAGUAAAUCAGCUGCUGGUUUUACUGGUACAAGAUUUACUGUAGCUAUCUUGUCCUUGUUGCCGUUCCUCACUGGAUUGCAGACAAUUUUGCCCGUUGCUGGAAAUAAAAAAUGUCAUCAUAGUU